UCGCACUGAAAACAAAGUCAGUUGAUUUCCAGAGAUUAGAAGAAGUUUUUGCUGCGUUACUCCCCACCUGGACAGACAUGAGCGGAUGUCCGUAUUUUGAGAAGAGACAUUUGUUAUUCAAAAACAAACCUCCAGCUGAUGAGGAUGAGGACGCCUCGCAGGCCGGUGUCAACAAGGCCAGCAAAGGAGGAAUCAUUUAUGGGGACUACCUGCAGCUCGACAAAAUAAUCACAGCUCAGGUUCUGCAAAGUGAAGUGAAAGGCAACAAAAUCCAUGAUGAGCACCUCUUCAUCGUCACCCACCAAGCUUAUGAGCUGUGGUUCAAGCAGAUUUUGUUUGAGCUGGACUCCGUCCGAGAGAUCUUCGUCAGCGGACACGUUCGCGAUGAACGCAACAUGCUCAAAGUCAACACUCGUAUCCACCGGAUUGUGAUGAUCUUCAGACUGCUGGUCGACCAGUUUGCAGUUCUGGAAACCAUGACAGCCCUGGACUUUUUUGACUUCAGGGAAUACCUUACUCCAGCCUCCGGCUUCCAGAGUCUUCAGUUUCGGCUCUUGGAGAACAAGAUCGGUGUGCCGGACAACCUGAGGGUCCCGUACAAUAGACGGCACUACAGAGACAACUUCAAAGGCCAGCAGAGUGAGAUGCUGCUCUCUGCCGAGCAGGAGCCGACUCUCCUGAAGCUGGUUGAGGCGUGGCUGGAAAGAACUCCGGGCUUGGAGGUGGACGGGUUCAACUUCUGGGAGAAACUGAGGAUCAAUAUAUAUGAAGGAUUGAGCAAAGAGAGGCAGAAAACGGAGAAAAUGGCAGAUGGGGAGGAAAAAGAGGAUCGGAAGGCAGAGCAAGCCAAGCAGAGGGAGAUCUUCACCUCUCUGUUUGAUGAAAAGCAUCACGACCACUUGGUCAGCAAAGGUGAGAGGCGGUUCUCCUACAAAGCUCUGCAAGGAGCGCUGAUGAUCUACUUCUACAGGGAGGAGCCCAGGUUCCAGGUUCCCUUCCAGCUGCUCACCUCCCUCAUGGACAUCGACACACUCAUGACCAAAUGGAGAUACAAUCAUGUGUGCAUGGUGCACCGUAUGAUUGGCAGCAAAGCGGGCACAGGCGGCUCGUCUGGAUACCAGUACCUCAGAUCCACUGUCAGUGACCGCUACAAAGUGUUUGUGGACCUCUUCAACCUGGCAACAUUCCUGGUGCCGCGCCACUGGGUGCCCAAGCUGAACCCCAACGUGCACACCUUCCUGUACACGGCGGAGUGCUGCGACAGCUCGUACUGCAGCAGCGAGGAGUCCGACUGAGGCGCUGUUGCACUGCUAGAGCGGGUCGACGCGCCAGCGGUCGCCAAGCGCAUGAGGUGGCAGCCCCACAAAGGACAGAAAACAGUUUAGAUUCAUUCCAUUUAAUGCAAUGUAGAAAAACAGCAGAUUUCUUAAAGAAAAUAUACACAUUUAUGAAUUAAAAAAAUAUAUACAAAAGUUUUUUUCACAUUCAAAGAGGAGAAACCUCUUUUUUUACUGUUAAACUCAAGUGAGCAGAGUGCUGCCUCAUGUCCCGUCACAUAUGAGGGAGGCGGCACCGACUGACCUGGAGCCGCUCGGAUCAGGGAGGCGGGGGGGCGGGCGGGCAGGACAAGGCUUCAGGGUUCUCAAACAAAUCCAACAGGAGAGCUUUGGCUAAAGUGAAUCAGGUUCCAGCCAUAUCUCUAUUUAUGAAAACACAUUCAUGUCUUGAUCAGACAGCAGGACUCCUUCAUCCUGUCACAGACAGCUAAAGUGGAUUUAUUCUGUAUAGUAUUCUAUGUGUAUUCUAUGUAUUUAUGCUGUGAUUAAUGUAAUCCUUGGUGUACAGAUGUAAAUCUCAGUCCUGUUCAAACUUGUAUUUAAUGUGAUGCAUAAUGUGUACAGUAAAGGUUAUGAGCAGCA